GAAAAAAGGGCCCCAACUGCGCCCUCAGCCAAGCCCAGCGCGCCCCAAACCCCCCAAAACGGCGCCGCCCGGCUGGUUUGGGGCUGUCAGCAGCUGUCCGGCGCUGGGCAUGGAGCGUGUGCGGGGAGCUGGGGCCGUGCUGGCGGUGCUGGUGGUGCUGGGAGCCCCCCCGGCUGCGGGCGAGGAGCUGUCGGGGGUGUUCCAGUUGUUGUCUCCGAGCGAGUGUCACUUCAUCAACGGCACCGAGCGGGUGAGGCUCGUGGACAGGUACAUCUGCAACCGGGAGCAGCUCCUGCACUUCGACAGUGAUGUGGGGGUCUAUGUGGGGGACACCCCGUUUGGGGAGAUCCAAGCCAGGUACUUCAACAGCAACCCAGAAAUCAUUGAACGUAAACGGGCUGAGGUGGACACGUUCUGCCGGCACAACUACGAGGUGUACACUCCACCUGCUAUGGAGAGGAGAGUGCCCCCCAGCGUGUCCAUCUCGCUGGUGCCGUCGAGCUCCCAGCCCGGCCCCGGCCGCCUGCUCUGCUCCGUGAUGGAUUUCUACCCUGCGCCGGUGCAGGUGAGGUGGUUCCAGGAUGGGCAGGAGCUGCCGGAGCACGUGGUGGCCACCGACGUGGUCCCCAACGGGGACUGGAGCUGCCAGGUGCUGGUGAUGCUGGAAAUCCCCCCCCGGCACGGGGUCACCUACAGCUGCCAGGUGGAGCACGUCAGCCUGGAGCACCCCCUCAGCCGGCACUGGGAGAUGCCACCGGACACCGUCCGCAGCAAGAUCCUGGUGGGGGUCGGGGGUUUCGUCUUGGGCUUGGUCUUCCUGGCGCUGGGGCUCGGCUUCUACCUGCGGGAGAAGCUCCUGAGCCGCCGGCGGCCGCAGCCCCUCCCCGUGGCCUUGGGCCCAGCCGGGACCUCCCAAUUUUGCCCCGCCCGCACUUUUGGGGGUCGUGUGUCCCCCCCAGCCCUCUCAGAGAGAAUUAAAUAA